CGAUGAGCUAAUCAAACUGAUGCCGUAUCAAUUAUCACCGAUAUCAAUGCUCAGUAAUUAAUUGGUUCCGAUACUUGUUUGAGCGACGAGUCACGCCAAAGGGCGGCCGCUGUCAGCUAUAUAUUGCCACUCUUUCACCAAUCAUCUUAGUAUUUUCUUUCCAGACUGACGACCCUCGUGACAGGGAGACAGGUGAGGUGAAGCCAGUUAGAUCAGGCGCGGUGAACUCUGGGAUACAUCUUGCCUGCCAGACGACAAUCCCGACUCAAUAGUCACUUGACAAAACUUUCCGGCGGGUGACGGACUCUCAAAGAAACGUCUUUAUAGGUACUGUGAUAUCUUUUAAAGUUCAGCCAAAUACUUCUUUGUGCUAGAAAGAGUGACAGGAAAAAGACUAGCGGUUUUUACCGGAGCUCCGGGAGCCACGCCGGACUCUUUGACUUUUCUCGGUCCUUGUCAUCCAAAUGGCGUCCACACCAGCUCUGUACAUGCUUGCCGUGCUAUUUGUCACAUGCAUAGUUAUUACUACACACGGAUUUAGUUUGAAAGGAUUCUGUGCCUCAAACUGCGCUAGAGGAAAAGGUGGCAACGUGUGUAAAUGUAACGGCUUUCACUUUGCCGGAAAGCGAGUGGUUCCCUCCCCAGACUCUGCUCUUUUAACAGACUCCAUGGGCGACUCGAAAGAAGAAAACUUUCUUGAGUUGGAUUCCGAGGGUUUUGGUGUUUUUGGAUAUCCUAAAGAUGACUCGAGGAGACGGACCAUGAAAAAUACAAACAGUCCAGGGAAUUUUCGUGCUCUUCUAGAAAAAUAUCUCGCUGAGAGGUAUUCCCGAGGGGGCGGGUUCGGCCCUGCUUCCAACCCGGAUUCGUGGUCUGAAGUCUACCGUACUGAAAACUGAUUCCUAGCAUCCAGGGGAGGCAACCGCCGUGGGAAUAUUUGACAACUUCCAGCACCACCAUAUUUCAGACACGUGACGCCCAGGGGAGAUGACUAACACCAGAAAUUUGCCGCUACGUCUGUCCAAUCAUUAAUCGAGUAUUAGACAACAUCAUACACAUACGCACACAGGACUAUAAAUGAUCCAUAUAGUUAUAAUCUUUCAUGACUUAAAACCAUAGACUUAUAGCAUACAAAACGAUGACUUCGUUAUGAAAUGAUUUGUAUUAGUUGUUAUCAAAUAGUUGCUCACUUUGGUACAUUCCCGCUUGAUCUAUCCUGACCCCGCCUUGCCCGAGUUUUGAAGAGUGCAGAAACAUGUUUGAAACGCAACUACUUUGUCAAUAGCGUCAACAAAUGUGUGUUUGAAGCACACACAAUAUCAAAGAUUAAAUUACACAUUCAGAUAAUGGUUUCAUUUGCAUCAAAACAUAUUUGAUGCAAGCAUGCGAACCAGUCCGACACUUUCCCAGCAUCAUGUUAUCCUGAAAACGCUAUUGGUAAAGUACUCUCUCAGGAACAACUUUGAGAAAUCUCAUUUGGGCAGAGAAACCCGAGCGGGCACGUACCUUAGGAGACACGACUAAUGUGUUUGUUGGUAAUGUGAAAUAAGAUGACCCGAGUAAAUCGUUUCCUGUAACCUGCUGCAAUUUGAAGCCGACAACAUCUACGCGUAUUACGGCACCUGAUCAAGUCAUACUGAUUAUUUUGAAUUAAAGUAUCAUGGACAGA